CGCUCAAGAUCACUCCAGUUCUACCAAGUUCACGUAACAGUAUUUCUCGUACCACUCACCCCGACCACAUCCCUCCAAUAAUUGAGUCUCAUUCCCCUCGAAACAUGUGCGAUAGUUGAUCCUAAAAGUUCCAACUUUUCAUUUAAGUGUUAAAUAAAAAGUGACCAUUGAAUUUAAACAAAAAUGUUCAACAUGCUUCGCAAUCUUUUGCCAUUGCUCCUGAUGACGACGUAUGCAUCAGGUGCUUGCGUUAAUGUACCCAAUCAAGAGAUGGUUGAGUACGCCUGUGAGAAUGGCUAUGUGAAUGAUCUCCACUCGAUUCCUGAGAAAACUGAAAAAAUUAGAAUUGCUAACAUGAAAAUUCCACGGAUAACUCGCGAUACGUUUUCCCGGUUCGGUGAUAAUGUAUUGAUAUUGAUGUGCACCCAUUGUGGGAUCGAGGACAUUGAGCCAGAUUCCUUCAAAGCGCUGAGAAACCUGCAGCAAUUGCGUCUUGAUAAUAAUCAUUUGAGGACCGUACGGGCGUCAUGGCUCGAGGGUCUCAAACAGCUGACAUAUCUAGAUCUAAAUUACAAUGAAAUCGAGAGUAUCGAGGAUGGUGUUUUCGAUAAUACACCUGAUCUCGUUGACUUCAGAAUAUCGGGUAAUAAAUUGCAAUGUCUCAAUGUCAACGAAUUGGCGCGCCACAAAGCUCUCAAUCGAAUCUUCAUAGCGCAAAAUCCAGAGUUCAAGUGUCCAAAUGCAUUGUCAAGGGUCCUAGAGCAGAAGCAGGUGACAUUUGAGAAGGAUCCCGAGUGGAGUCAACUCCCCGAAGACAUAAUUGUUCCUCCUAUCAGCCCAAUGGAACCGCCAACCCCUCCGUACAGAGAGCGCCUAGUCUCAACUCAACCACCACAGUCAACCAUCAAUUACUAUCAAACUGCUGCACCCAAUUAUCCAACAUCUGCUUCAUAUCCAAAUUACGAAGCAACCAGUGAGGCAUCACAACGUACCCCACUGCCCUGGUACACAACGCCAAGUUACACAUCAGAGGCUUCUUAUCCAACUCGCAAUUGGCCAACACCGACAGAAUCAAAACCCCAACCAUCACAAACACGUCCACCUUACAAUGACCCUUAUUAUCCACCACAAGCACCGAGGUCUUCGACCCAAGAUCCCUACCCCUACACAGACGAUACGAGAUACCAAACGGAGGGUACAGGUGACAUAUCGUGGACCGGUGGUUCGGACGACAUCUUCAGCGAGACCGAUUUUCCUCCAAUUCAACCAGUACCACCGUCAAUGGAAACAUCAAGACCACCACUCAAUCCAGAUCCUAAUUACCAAACAUCAAGGCCAGCAUUAGUUCCCCCCAAACCAACCAGUGAGGCAUACCCUCACCCACGACCCCUCGAGAAUUAUCAGCAGGUCGAUGAGAAGGCACCAGUAGCUGUCGAUCUACCAUCAUCUCCAACGACCCCCAAGCCAAAAGGCUCGUCAUCGCACUCCACUGCCUCCUCUGCUGGACUCGUCCUAUUGACAAUUUUCUACUCACUCAUCAGAACGUUCUAGUCGGCGAGGGGGUGUGCGUGUGUACGAGGCAGGGGAGGAUGCAAGACUUCAUUCGAA